GUAAUCUGAGGAACAGGGGUAGUUCUCUGUGUGACAUCUCCAUCCUGGUGGUGGAUAUCAUGCACGGUUUAGAGCCACAGACGAUCGAAUCCAUCAACCUGCUGAAGGAGAAGAAAUGCCCCUUCAUAGUAGCACUUAACAAGAUUGACCGUCUGUACGACUGGAAGAAGAGUCCAGACACAGACGUGGUGGCCACACUGAAGAAGCAGAAGAAAAACACCAAGGAUGAGUUUGAUGAGAGGGCUAAAGCUGUCAUCGUGGAGUUUGCGCAGCAGGGACUUAACGCUGCCCUGUUCUACGAGAACAAAGACCCUCGUACGUUUGUGUCCCUGGUUCCCACAUCGGCCCACUCGGGUGAUGGGAUGGGGAACCUCAUCGCCCUGCUGGUGGAGCUCACUCAGACCAUGCUGGCCCGCCGCCUGGCUCAUUGUGAUGAACUUCGAGCACAGGUCAUGGAGGUAAAAGCUCUUCCUGGAAUGGGUACGACGAUAGACGUCAUCCUGAUCAACGGUUGUCUACGGGAGGGUGAGACUAUUAUCGUCCCCGGUGUCGACGGACCAAUCAUCACUCAGAUCAGAGGGUUGCUCCUCCCACCACCCCUGAAAGAGCUCCGAGUGAAGAAUCCGUAUGAGAAGCAUAAAGAAGUGUCUACGGCUCAGGGAGUCAAGAUCCUGGGAAAAGAUCUGGAGAAGACGCUGGCAGGUCUGCCUCUUCUCGUCGCUCAUAAAGAGGAUGAAAUUCCAGUGCUGAAGGACGAGUUGAUCCGGGAGCUGAAACAGACUCUGAAUUCCAUAAAGCUGGAGGAGAAGGGUGUGUAUGUGCAGGCCUCCACACUCGGCUCUCUGGAAGCUCUGCUGGAGUUCUUGCGUACAUCCAAAGUGCCUGUAAGCUUUCAAAGACUCACACAUACUCUCAUAAAACCCAUUCUAUAAUCUUUUAUUGAAGAAAAGAUAUAUCAGCCACUAUUUUUAAGUUUAUAAGCAUUGGCUAACUGAGUUUUUCUGUUUGGCUGAAGUGUUAGAAGCGGGACUUUUAUUUUAACAGCACUGAAAACGCUGUCUGAGCACAUGGAUCUUCAUUAGUUCACUCAUUAGUCUUAGUUUAACAGUUCUGUUUAAUCAAUUAUUACAGUGCUUAUAUCAUUUGUAUAGUGUUUUUUUC